AACCGACCUCCCUGGAUGAGCUCUGGACCUGCAGAGAACAGGAACUUCCAGGGCAUGCAUGGAGGACCCACGGGCCCUGGAGGACCUCACAACUUUCCUCCCCCCAUGCCCAACAUGGGUGGACCACCUAUGCCCCCUAACCCUAACGGCCUGCCUCCACCCUGGAUGCAGCCCCCUCCUCCUCCUAUGGGCCAGGGACCUGGACCACAUGGGCACCCCAUGGGUCUGUUGCCCCCUCCUAUGRGUAUGAUGCCACCUCCACCUCCUCCCCCCAGCAACCAGCCACCACCUCCGCCCUCUGCUCCUCUGCCGCCAUGGCAACAGCAGGCUCCACCCCCACCGCCCACCAGCAGCAUGGCGACAAGUACACCAUUACCAUGGCAACAAAACACCACCACCACCACGUCCAGCCCUGGCUCUGGAACCCUGCCUCCCUGGCAGCAGCCCCAGCAGCCUGCAGCCUCUGCAGCCCAGCCACCUCUACCCAUGGGAACCCCGUCCCUGGUGCCGCCUCCACCCGGGGUCCAGCCCCCGCUGCCUCCAGGCGCCCCCCCACCUCCUCCUCCACCACCUCCAGGCUCAGCUGGAAUGAUGUAUGCCCCGCCCCCUCCCCCACCGCCCAUGGACCCUUCCAACUUUGUCAUGUUGAAUAUGGGGGUGCCCGGCAUGCCUCCGUUCAGUAUGCCCCCUGCCCCCCCUCCACCUCCACCACAGAAUUAAUCCUCCCCAGGACAGGAGAUUAGUUUGCCACCUGAAGCAGAAGGUUGUCCCGCAGCUGCACCUGAGCGAGGCUCCACACACACACACACACACACACACAGUCCAUGUGUUGAGUUAGGAUGAGCAGUGAUUUCAUUGUGUGACCCUGUUCGAGAGUUCAGGCUAAAACACACCCGGCUCAGACUGGAACCUGUUCGUUAGUCUUUUCUUCCAGUUUUUAAAGUUUGGGUUAACAUCACAUCUGUGUGGAUAAAAACAUCACUGCUUUGGACCGGAUGUGUCAACGUUGCAUUUAUGCAUUUAUUCGUCAUGUUUCUUGGAAUUUGAAUAAAAGGCUUGACCGUUGAACUGAAAGUUUAAUUUCUGCCUAAUAACUUGAUCACUUCUGACCUGAAAACAUUGAUCGGUGUUAAUUUUAUCUUGCAUGGUCAGCUUGUAAUGCCUCAUAUUUUUGAAUCGACACAUUUAUACUUUUGUCUGGUUUCUUGUCGUGGCUUUGAGCUGAAAAUAAAAUAUUUUUGUAAUAAAUGUAUGGUAGUUCUGUAAAAUGUCAGUAGUUUUAAAAAACGAAGAGAAGCUGAAGUGUAAUUGUUUUGUUGCUGGCUUAGGAACACUGUCUCCUGUAGUUUUCUGCAGAGUUCCUGUCAGUUGCUUUUUGUUGAGUGUUGGAGAAAUGUUUUGUUUUAGUGUGUGUGUGUCCUUGGCCUGAAUGAAAGGCUGCUGAAAUCCUCUUGGUUUAGUAUUAAACUCAUCCAGUUCACCUUU